CGAAGUUUCUCGAAGGUUCCCGAAACUGCCGAUCGGCCCAAACGGUCCGGGGAAGCCGGAAGAGGCGGCCACUUCCUUCCUUGUCAGUCAUUCCGCCUGUCUUCAUCAGAAGCGACCGGCGUUUCUCCUUCAUCGGACAUGGAGCUGCUCUGCUACAACCGGGGAUGCGGCCAGCGCUUCGACCCGGCCACCAACACGGAAGAAUCAUGCAUAUAUCACCCAGGCGUACCUGUUUUUCACGACGCUCUUAAAGGCUGGUCAUGCUGUAAAAGAAGAACAACAGACUUUUCUGAUUUCUUAAGCAUUAAGGGUUGCACCAAGGGCUUCCAUAAUAGUGAGAAACCCCCUGAACCAGUCAAACCUGAAGUGAAAACUACGUCUGAACGAAAAGAAUUAGCUGAUCUGAAACCUAAAUUUCAAGAGCACAUAAUUCAAGCACCAAAGCCAGUAGAAGCAAUUCAAAGACCAAGUUCUGAUGAACCAAUGAGCUGCUUGCAGUUAAAAGUAUCAGCGUCCUUGAAACAAUCGUUAGAAAAGCUAAAACUAUCAUUGGAAAAUGAAAUUAAAAAAGAAGAUGAUAGCGAUGAGAUAAAGAUUGGGACUCCAUGCAAAAAUGCAGGCUGUUCAAAGACAUUUGAAGGACCAGGCAGCAUGGAAGACGCAUGUAUCUAUCAUGCUGGUGUGCCUAUAUUCCAUGAAGGGAUGAAGUAUUGGAGUUGCUGUAAGAGGAAAACAUCAGACUUCAAUACUUUUUUGGCUCAAGAGGGCUGCACAACGGGAACACACCUAUGGAUUAAGAAGGAUGCCGGGAAGAAGGUGGUGCCGUGCAGACAUGACUGGCAUCAAACUAGCCGUGAAGUAAUAAUUUCUAUCUAUGCAAAGAAUUCCAUUCCUGAACUGAGCCGGGUAGAGGCAAACAGUACAUUACUAAAUAUCCAUAUUGUGUUUGAAGGUGAUAAGGUGUUCAAUCAAAAUCUGAAUUUAUGGGGUGUGAUUGAUGUGAAAAGGAGCUACGUAAAUAUGACGGCUACAAAGAUCGAGCUCGCCAUGAGGAAAGCGGAGCCCAUGUUAUGGGCAGGCUUGGAACUCCCAGCAUCCAAAUUGCAGCACAAAGAGCCUCAAAACAUUGUAGAACAAGCUUGAAAUCGGAAAGUUUGCUGGUUCCGUGUGCCUGGUGAAAUGGUGACUUGGCAUUUUAAGACAAAAUCAAUUUUGUAGGCAGCCACUUUAAAAAAAAAAAGAAAAGAAAUCCAUUCCAGCUCGAGCGUGUGUAGUGCAUGGCUUUCAAGCAGUAGGGCAGACCACUGGUUUUGUUGUACCGGCUCCUUAAUUUGCCCAAUGUCGACUUGAUGCUUGCAAACCCUCAGAAUUUCCUCUGCCAUCGUUUUAUAAAGGGAGUGUGUGUUCUCCCUGGCCCAAGCUCUAAAUAAUCAUCUCGAACAUCCCCCGGGAAGCAGCCUCUCAUAUAUUGAAAAUCCAAGUUGAAUUUUCAUUGGUAGUUGGAUGCUUGCAAGAUUGUUUCUCAGUCUGUAGCAAGGAGAGCGCAAGGGGUUAUUGCUGCAUUUCUGUAUCGUCUUUUUUUAUGUCAUGAAAUGCAGAAAUAAAACGGUAGAAGUUUUAGACUUGCCUGCGCAAAGAAGUUGGUAAUCUUUUUUUUUAUUAUUAUUAUUCCUUGGAAUUCAGGAAAUAUAUUGCCCGUGAACUGCUAGGCUACCUCUGUGCACUUAUUCAGAAAGCCAAGGCUUUCCAAGACAAAAAGCAGGCACUGGGAAUUUUAGGUCCGUUUCGUUGUGUUUCUCUUAAGCCUUGUCCUCAUCCAGAGGGGAAAUAGCACAGGCAAAAUGUCCACUAUGGGCACAUCGGAUUUUUGGUGGCUAUGCUUUUCUGAUCAGUUUUUCCAUCUCCUUUGUGGUAAAGCAAUGAAGGCCACUCGGUUUAUACUUUCAGUUUGCUACCUUUUUGCCAAAAGUGUAGGGAAAGUUGGGAGGGCUGAAAUACAUGCCACAAGUGCAGAAUGGUCAACUUCAAGCAAAACAAGGGUCUUUGUGCAAAUUGUGAAUUGUGUUGCAGUAUGUUACUGUAUUUUUAUAUACUUGAAGAUGGCAAAACUACUAUAGAGGCAGAACGACUCAUUGGCAUCGCUCAAGUCAUAAGUGAUUGCACGAAAAAAGGGGGGCCUUUUUUAAAAGCACGUGUUACUUGUAUCUAUAAUACUAUUUUUUUUAAAAAAAAAAAGUUUUAAUCCGGAAAUUGUUGGAGGUAAAUAAAGCAGCCUUUUGUGAUUGCAAUUCUUAAUAAGUGUUUAAGACAGUUUAAACUGAAUUUUCUAAGAAAAGAUAACUCUAGAACAAGGGGCCCCACUCCCCCAGUCUGCAGCCUGUUGGGAACUUGGCCCGCAAGCAGCACAUGAAGUGCCCACAAGAAGCUGCAUUGGUGCAAGUGGCAUGCACAACACAUGAAACUCUCCCCACCUUGCCACCGCUGGUCCACAAAGCAAGAAAUGUUGGGAACGCUGCUCUAGAAGGUAGACAUUAAUAAACCAUACAACUUCAGAAUCUGCUUCUUCUGUCCUUUGUGCUCCAAUUAGCUUUGGAGCAUCUGCUUUUCUGAUCUGGAUGGUCUGCUUCUUUGAAUUUCUGCCUAAAAGCUACCACGCUGUACCCCAAUCACCCUUGAAUGCAAGUUUCCUGCAUUCAGGGGUCUGGAGAAGCCAUUCAGUGAGUGACAGACCCUGCCAGCAACUUCUGCUAUACCCAGCAGAUUCUUUUGGUGAUUAUAGAUAUUUCCUGUGGCUUGACCUUUGAGCAAGACUGCAAAUUGCAUAAAGACAAGUCAAGCAGAAUUUUAAUUGCAGACAAAGUAGAGCAGACACUUCUGAUAUUUGAAAGCAAAAAGAAAAUUGCUCUUUAAGAGCUAAGCCAUGGUUUAAAAUAACAUGUAAAAAUUGGCGGAGAACGUGCAACAAAUCCAAGUUGAUCCUAAUUGUCUACUUAAAAGUUUCUGGAGAGUAAUUUUCCAACAAGAGGUCAAUUUAGUCUCAGAAUAGCAAAUGGUUGCUCUUCAUUAACAAUGUAUUUUUACUUCCCAGCAUUGUCAUGUUUCAUUAGCAUGACACUUGGAUCCAGUUCAUAUUGCUCACCAGUUUGUUCAAAUGGCGCUAGCAAGACUUGAAUCCAAUAGCUGCAGGCGCCUUUGGAGAACAG